GUAGAAGGGCUGCUGAAAUAAUCAUAUCAAACAAGUCAUCUAUUAUUGACCUAAAGAUGCCAGAGGGUUUUACCGCUUUGCACAUUUGUGCUGCAAACGAUCACGUAGAAAUAGCCAGCGGGCUCUUGAAGGCAGAUGCAAAUAAGGACUCUACAGACGGGAACGGUAGAACACCACUAAUUGUUGCUGUCAGUCAAAGUCAUAAACGUAUUGUGGAGUUAUUGCUGACAUAUGGCUGUAACGUAAAUGCCCAAGACAAUGAUGGUAAUACAGCUUUACACGUGGCACAGAUUAGUCGAGCACUACCAGAUACGCUUGCAAGAUUACUUGGGGUUCCUCUUGUAAAUGAUGAUACAGGUAUUCAGAUCUCGUGCAUGCUUGUCGAAGCACGUGCUAGUAUCUCAGUGAAGAACAAUAAAGGACAAACGCCGAUUGAUAUGUGUACAGACGUGGCAACUAAAGAGUUCUUAAAAAGAUUAGCGAAUACAAUUUCAACCAAGAAACUGGAAACGUCACAAAAGGGUGUUCUUUUACCUACCCAUUGGGAACAAAUGGACAGGUCUAUACUAAUGAAGAAAAUACCAUUGGAUACAACAAAUGGACUGCUCCAGAAAGAAUUCCAGGGUGUAAAAAAUAAGUUUUGUAAAACGCUACCACAGGCAAGAAUAGUUACAAUUGAGCGUAUACAAAACAAGUUUCUGUGGGAACACUACUUCUUCAAGAGGACUCAAAUGGAAACAUUGUAUGGCAAAGGUUGUGCCAAUGAGCUCGAUUUAUAUCAUGGAACGGAACCUGACAAGGUUGACCUGAUUUGUGAGAGCAACUUGGAUCAUCGCCUUGCUGGUGAAAAGGUUGGAACAUUGUUUGGACAGGGAUCGUAUUUCGCAUCAGAUGCAAAGUAUUCGGAUGGGUACGCUUCGGCGGAUGCUAGUGGACAUAAAUUUAUGUUCCAGUGUCGCGUGUUAGCAGGGAAAUGGACACAUGGAGACCCGAAGUAUAAGAGACCGCCACCAAUCAAUGACAAAGAUCCAUCUAAAUUGUAUGAUUGCUGUGUUGACAGCACAGAUCGACCAAGAAUAUUUUGUCUCUUUGAUAUGAAUCAGUACUACCCAGAAUAUAUAAUCAAGUAUCAGUAACUUUAUAAACAUUAGUAAGUUACUGGAAGUGAAUAAAGAAAUAACAGUAACUUUUAUUUAUAAACAUUGUAAUUUUUCCGAAAAUGAUCAAUGAAAUAUCGAUAGCUUUACUUUUUACAUACAGGAAAUAUCGUCAACUAUAAAUAACCAUACUUUAUAAACAUUGAAAUGAUACCAAAGCGAUUAGUCAAAUAUCGAAGAAAUUUACAUUACAUACCGGAAAUGAUGAAAAUAUCAUCAAAUUUCAAUAACUUUGUAAAUAUCGGAAGUGAUGAAUAUAUCAUCAAAUGUUACUAACUUUGUUAAUACCAAAGUGAUCAAUAUCAAAAUGUCUGUGUUAUAUAUCGGAAGUGGUGACUUUAUAAUUAAAUAGCAUUAAUUUUAUAUUUAGAGAUUGUGAUGAUAGAUAUGUAUGUAUUAUCAUGAAAUAAUAAUUUAAAUGAUAUAUGUAAAAAAAAAUGCAAUCGUGACCAAAAUUGUUUGAUUUUGAAGGGUUAUUUAUAUGUUCUCAUUUUUGUAUUACUUUAUGCCAUCUUUUUUAUUGUUUGUUGAUGUAAUUCCUAUUUUAUUUUUCAUUCUUGUUGAAGAAUAUGACUUAUUUAAAUGCGAGCGUCACAAACUUCAUGUAUAUGUCUGAUUUGUUUUUGUGACUAGUUUAGAAUAAAGUUUGCACUUAU